CAUGACUAGGUUAAAAAUUUAGGCUAAAUCCUUAAAUAAAAUUGUAAUAUAAAAUGAAUAUUAUUAUUUUAAUGAAAAUAUACAAACCCUGAAUAUUAAAUUAUACUUUAGUUUUUGGCUUUUUAAUCAAUAAAUAUGGAACGAACGAGACAAGUAUUUACAACUGUUGGUACAUUUUGGAGAACGAAAAUGUAAGAUAAUGUGUCUUAACUUACAUUUUUUAAGGGAUUGUAAAAGCUAUGAAAAAACAUGCUACAUUAGAAACGGUUUUUGAAAAAAAGGUCAAAUAAUUUUGAAGACAUGAGAAUACCUAAAGCAUUAAGUCCUCGUCUUCAAAAGCAAUUAUUAAAACGAUUUGGUUUGUAUGAAAAAGUGCUUCCUGUGAAUACAACACUCAGUCGCGCAGUACCUGAACAUAUACCAAAGCCAGAUUAUAUAACAGGCACCCCUCUUUAUAUAGGAAAAAAAAUUGAAAUAAAAAAUGAAGAACAAAUUACUGGAAUGAGAGGUAGUUGCAAAUUAGCUGCAAAUAUUUUGAAACGUCUAGAUCCCUUUAUACAGCCAGGUGUAACUACUGAUGACAUAGAUGAAUUAGUUCAUGCAUUGAGCAUAGAUGCCGGUGCUUACCCAUCACCUCUUCACUACAAAGGCUUCCCCAAAAGUGUGUGUACAUCUGUCAACAAUGUAGCUGUACAUGGAAUACCAGAUCUUAGACCUCUAAUAAGCGGAGAUAUUGUAAAUGUGGAUAUAACUGUGUUCUAUAAGGGCUAUCACGGAGACUGCUCAAAAACUUUUUUAGUUGGUGAUGUUGAUGAUAAAGGAUUACAUCUAGUGCAGGCAACUGAAGAUUGCUUGGAUCAGGCCAUAAAAAUAUGUGGACCAGGUGUACCAUUUUGUGAUAUAGGUCUGAGAAUAUACCGAGUAGCAAAGAAGCACAAGCUAACAGUUCUACCAGCCUUUAUCGGACAUGGGAUUGGAAGCUACUUCCAUGGUCCACCAGAGAUUCAUCAUACAUUGAAUCGUUAUCCCGGACUUAUGCAACCUGGAAUGACUUUUACAAUAGAACCUGUAUUAUCUCACGGUAGCGAAUACACUGUGAUAUUGAAUGACGGCUGGACAGCUGUCACUGAAGACAACUCCCGCGCCGCGCAAGUCGAACACACAAUACUCAUCACGAACGACGGCGCUGAAAUUCUAACUAAAUGAUAUUAUAUAGAAAUAAAUUUAAUUAAAAACGUGGCAAAUAAAAUGUAUGAACAUUAAAAAA